GGAACCGACCUUCCCACCCAUUUUCAUGGGUCCUCUUACAGUAUGCUUGUCGAGGGCACAAAGGUGGAUGGAGAAUGUCACGUGUUAGACUAGUUUCUUUGGUCGAUGCAUCGACAUGGAACGGUAGUUCCAAGUGUCUGUCGAAGAUGUAUCCAGUCAAGGACUGCUUCGACGGCUGUGAAGUCAAGAGUUGACUUGGGUAAAUGGGCGAGACCGAAUAUCGAGGGAGGAACCACCGCUGGUACAAAAUGGCAGGCUCGGAAUCCAUCAGCAGGCACAAGGCAGACCGUUAAAACUACCCCGUCAUUAGGCCCAACAGUUAAAUCUUUUCCCUCAUUUCCCUCCGGAACGUUCUCCAGACGCACUUCACACCCUUACCCUCACUCGGGUUCAUCAUCAGAAGGAGCGCCGUGGUCAACAUCACUACAUUCACCACCAUCACGCUCUAGAAAUUCCACAGAAUGGUCAGAUAGACAUAAAUACAACAGAGAUGCCCUACCCCACGUGGAUGUGAGACCAAGAGAUCAAAAUACCCAUGAUAAUUCAAAAACCAGGCGUAGCACUUGGUCGACUCGGAUGGGGGGCGGAGACAGGAGAGAUAUCGCGUCUGAUUUGCAAGGACAGUCUGCGCAGCAAAAAUCUGUGCCUCGGUCAUACGAAAAUAUCCCAAAUACCACCCAAAACCCCUUAGUAGUUGUGACAGAAGAAUCUGGCUUCUUUGAAGGAAUGGACUCCGGCAUAGGGCACCCCUCCACUUUCCAAACUCGCAGAGACUACCCACAGCCCCACAAAAGGUCUCGCGGGCGAGGAUCCAUCAUUGAACGGUUAAACUACUUGCCGUCAUCGUCGCAACCAGACCUAAAUGAUAGACAACAGAGAUACAAACGCACAUCAGAGAAACAGAACGUCAAGAAACCAAAGGCGUUUAUGGAGAAGAGGAUUAUUGCCGACGUCUAUAUACCCUCCGUUGUGUCUGUUGGUACCCUGGCCCAGUUGUUGAAUGUACGGCUAGAACAGCUUCGGCGUAGGAUGAAACGGUCAGGGAUGGCAGAGGAGGCUUCAUAUGAUCACGUCUUGACCUCCGAUUAUGCGGUUCUGCUUGCAGAAGAGUUCGGGAAAAAUCCCAUCGUCAGUGAUGAAAUGGCGUUCGAUAUAUACCCAUCCCCUCCGCAUCCCAAUCCUAGUACUCUUCCCCACCGCCCACCGGUCGUGACCAUCAUGGGCCAUGUAGAUCAUGGAAAAACAACUCUUCUUGACACAUUGCGGUCAGCGUCCGUUGCUAAAGGAGAGGCUGGUGGUAUCACCCAACAUAUUGGCGCAUUCUCUGUUCCAGUCCCUGGCAAUACCAAUAUCACCGGCGGACCUAAAUCAAUAACAUUUUUGGAUACUCCAGGACAUGCGGCAUUUUCUGCAAUGCGUGCUCGUGGCGCUGGAGUGACAGAUAUUGUGGUCCUCGUGGUCGCGGCAGACGAUGGUAUCAUGCCUCAGACUCGAGAGGUUAUCGAAAUUAUUAAGAAGGAACGAGACAAUCUUGGUGUUAUCGUUGCGAUCAAUAAAGUGGACAAGCCUGGCGUCGACAUCGAAGCCGUUCAAAAGAGACUUCUGUCCGAAGGCAUACAAUUGGAGGCAUUUGGAGGCGACGUCCCGUCCGUAGCCGUAUCAGGCUUGACUGGACAGGGGCUACCUGAAUUCGUGGAAACCCUCUCUGCUAUAGCAGAAAUGCAGGAUCUGCGUGCCGAGACUGACGGUCCCGUUCAUGGUCACAUUCUGGAGUCCAAGAUGCAUAAAGGUUUAGGUGCUGUUGCAACAGUCCUGGUUUCUCGUGGAAGCUUACUGGUCGGUUCACAUAUCGUAAGCGGAACGAGUCAGGCGAAGGUCCGUGUAAUGACCGAUUCGUCCGGUAAAUCUGUCAAGUCCGCAGGCCCUGGGAUGACGGUCACAGUUUCUGGAUGGAAAACGUUACCUAAUGCUGGUGAUGACGUCUUGCAGGGUUCAGAGUCAACUAUCAAGAAAGCGAUUGCAAAUCGUCAACGCAAAGUAGACCUUGAAGGUUCUCUAGUCGAUGUCGAAGCUAUCAAUAACAGGCGGAGAGAAGAGCGUGAAAGGCGAGAGCUAGAGGCAGAUGGAAAGGUGAUCGAAGGAGAGGAUGAGAGGACUGGUCCUAAAGAGUUACGACUGGUUGUGAAGGCUGAUGUGAGCGGAAGUGCUGAAGCUGUUGUCGGUGUGGUGCAGGGAAUUGGGAAUCAUCUGGCGACGACGAAAGUAAUUUCUUCAGGGGUAGGUGAUGUCACAGAGUCGGACGUGACGCUAGCGAAAACGGCAGGAGGAAUAAUCGUGGCUUUCAAUGUCCACGUUCCAAGAUCAAUGGAGGUCUUGGCCGCUCAGAACAAUGUCUCGAUAUCGAGUUCUGGUAUCAUUUAUAGGUUAAUUGAGCAAGUCACAGACCACGUCGUCGCGCUUCUGCCAGUCGUCGUUGAGAAGACGGUUACAGGAGAGGCUACCGUACUGCAAGUGUUCGAGAUCCAAGUCAAGUCAAAACAAACGACGAAAGUCGCUGGUUGCAGAGUAUUCAACGGCGUAGUGGAAAGGACGAAACAGGCAAGGGUACUCCGGGAUGGUGAAAUCGUUCAUGAAGGACUAGUGGAAACGUUACGCCAGAUCAAGAAGGAUGUUGUUGAAGUGAGAAAGGGGUCUGAGUGCGGUCUCAAUCUCGCUGGAUUCUCUGACCUUAGGGAGGGAGAUGUCAUUCAGAUGUUUACAACCAUCGAGAAACCAGGUAAACUAUAACUCGC